CGGCUACGGUGGCUGCGAAGGGCCAUUUGUGACGGAAAAGCGAAACUCGAGUACUGAUGCUUCGGUCCAAGAUGGCGGCGCACUUAAAGAAGCGAGUGUACGAAGAGUUCAGCAAAGUGGUUGUCCAGCAACAACAUGAAGAGAUUUCUGCUAAGAAACUCCGGCUGACCAAACCAAGUAAGUCAGCAGCACUCCAUGUGGAUCUGUGCAAGGCGACUUCACCAGCAGAUGCUCUGCAAUACCUGCUGCAAUUUGCCAGGAAGCCAGUGGAAGCAGAAAGUGUGGAAGGAGUGGUCCGAAUCUUGCUGGAGCAUUAUUACAAGGAGAAUGAUCCUUCUGUCAGACUGAAGAUUGCUUCUUUGCUGGGCUUGCUGUCAAAGACUCCAGGCUUUUCCCCCGACUGCAUUUUGGAUGAUGCCAUUAACACACUUCAGAAUGAGAAGUCACACCAGGUUCUUGCUCAGCUGCUGGAUACCUUACUGGUGAUUGGGAAGAAGCUCCAAGACAGCCUUGCAGUGCGUGUGCGCCUGGUAGAUGUUGCCUGCAAGCACCUGACUGAUUCCUCCCAUGGUGUAAGAAACAAAUGCCUCUUGCUGAUUGGCUGCCUUGGAACUGUGGAAAAAGGGUCCUUGAAAGAACCCGAUGGCCAGCCUGCUAAAGAUGUCCAGAAGAUAAUAGGAGAUCACUUUAAUGACCAGGACCCUCGGGUUAGGACUGCAGCUAUAAAAGCUAUGCUCCAGCUCCAUGAAAGAGGAUUGAAGCUUCAGCAAACCAUUUACAACCAGGCAUGUAAGCUCUUAACGGAUGACUACGAACAGGUCCGCAGUGCUGCUGUUCAGCUCACCUGGGUCCUCAGUCAGCUUUAUCCAGAAAGAAUUGUCCCAAUCCCUUCCUCCAAUGAAGAAAUCCGUCUAGUUGACGAUGCAUUUGGCAAAAUUUGUCAUAUGGUUAGCGAUGGCUCGUGGGUGGUGAGAGUCCAAGCUGCUAAAUUGCUGGGAUCUAUGCUGCAAGUUAGUUCUCAGUUUUUAGAACAAACCCUGGACAAGAAGCUGAUGUCGGACUUGAGGCGAAAACGCACAGCCCACGAACGUGCGAAAGAGCUCUACACCUCUGGGGAGUUCUCAAGCGGCAGGAAGUGGGGAGACGACGCUCCCAAAGAAGAAGUGGACACCGGAGCUGUGAACCUGAUGGAAUCCGGUGCCUGCGGGGCCUUCGUUCAUGGCCUGGAAGAUGAAAUGUAUGAGGUUCGGAUUGCUGCCGUUGAGGCGCUUUGUAUGUUGGCCCAAUCCUCCCCCUCCUUCGCAGCAAAGUGCCUCGAUUUUCUGGUUGACAUGUUCAAUGACGAGAUUGAAGAAGUGAGGCUGCAGUCGAUUCACACCAUGAGGAAGAUUUCCAAUAACAUCACCCUGCGGGAGGAUCAGUUGGACACGGUGCUAGGGGUUUUAGAGGAUUCUUCCAGAGACAUACGGGAAGCUCUCCAUGAGCUUUUGUGCUGCACCAAUGUCUCAACAAAAGAAGGCAUCCACCUUGCUCUGGUUGAGCUGCUGAAGAACCUGACCAAGUAUCCGACUGACAGGGAUUCCAUCUGGAAGUGCUUAAAGUUCCUAGGAGGGAGGCAUCCAACCCUUGUGCUUCCACUUGUUCCUGAACUGCUGGGCACCCACCCUUUCUUUGAUACCCCAGAACCUGACAUGGAUGACCCAGCUUACAUUGCAGUCUUGGUUUUCAUUUUCAACGCUGCCAAAUCGUGUCCAACGAUGCCUGCCCUGUUCUCGGACCACACCUUUCGGCACUACACUUACCUUCGGGACAGUCUCUCUCACCUUGUCCCUCCCUUAAGAUUGCCUGGGAAAAAGCUGGCAUCUUCGCCUGUGUCUGCCACCCUUGCCCUCCAGGAAGACCCUUCCCAGGAAUUUCUGAAGCAGAGCUUGGAAACAGUGUUCAAUCUUCAGCAUCUAGACCCACAGGGCAUUCAGGAGCUGCUUGAGUUUACCAUCCGAGAUCUUCAGAGAUUUGGAGAACUCCAGUCUGACUUGGCUGGGAUGGCUGACUUCUGCGCCGCUUACCUUCGCUGCCAACUGCUUCUCAUUAAGGCUCUUCAGGAGAAGCUGUGGAAUGUAGCUGCACCCUUGUAUUUGAAACAGAAUGCCCUGGCAUCAACUGCAGCAAAGCAGAUCAUGGAUGAAACGUACAAGAUGGAGUUUAUGUACAGUGGUGUGGAACACCGGCAGGUGGUCAUCAUCCACCACAUGAGGCUGCAGGCAAAGGCAUUGCAGCUUAUUGUAACUGUACGGACGACAAGAGGAGCAGAACCUCUCUUUGGAAUAUGUGAGAAGUUUUUGCAGGAAGUGGAUUCUUUUCAAAGGUGCUUCAUUGCUGAGCUUCCUCACAUGCAAGAUAGUUUUGUCGAUAAACUCCUGGACCUGAUGCCCAGACUGGUUACCUCCAAACCUUCAGAAGUUGUCAAGAUCCUACAAGCGACGUUGCGACAGAGUAGCUUCCUUCGCCUUCCACUCCCAGAGAAAAUCCACAAAGCAAGCGCCACCAUUAUUGAGCCAGCAGGUGAAUCUGACAACCCUCUGCGCUUCACAUCAGGGUUAGUCGUGGCCUUGGAUGUCGACGCAACUCUAGAACACGUGCAGGAUCCGCAGGGCACAGUGAAAGUUCAGGUAGUCUACCCAGAUGGCCAGGCACAGCUGAUCCAUCCCAAGCCGGCAGACUUUAGGAACCCCGGACCUGGAAGGCACCGGUUAAUUUCUCAGGUUUACCUCUCACAUACUGCCUGGACAGAGCCUUGUCAGAUCGAAGUGCGGUUGCUGCUGGCGUACAGUUCAGACAGAAACAGAGCACCUGCGAGGCUCCCUCGUUCCACCUGGGGAGACAGCAUGGAGUUCCUCCCUCAGCCCGAGAACACCAUCGAAGGAACCAUUCCUUUCAGCAAGCCUGUCAAAGUCUAUAUCAUGCCGAAACCUGCCAGACGGUGACACCUUUUUUUUUUUUGGGAACUAUAUCUUGUGCUGCUGCGAGUGUUCUUGGAAGCAGUCUGAGACAUUUGAGAACCAGGGCAGGACAUUCAUGCAAUACUUCACUGGGACAUACUCUGGUGAUAGCAACUCCAGGCACACAGCCUUCAGAAUAGAGCUGUUUUCUCUAAGGGAAUGGAGAAGUAUCAGAAGAUGAUGGAGAGACAAGCUCAGCUUAUACUGUGUUAGGGUCUGCCCCAUAUUCAAAAACUGUCAAAAUGUAAAGAAGGAGAUUGGUACAACUUUGUUUUAAAGUAUCCUACUUCAUCAUCCAGUUGCCUUCUUAUAGGCUGGAGACUCAGGUUUUCCAAUUCGCUUUCUUUUCAAGAGAUGCUGUUGUCCUUUUUAAGCAUUUCCCUUGGGACAUUUUCACAGUUAAGCACAGUUAGAGGUGAUGGUUUUCCUCUAGCAUGCAGGCAGGGAUUGUAAACAUCUAUUCUCCAUUUGUUGGCCAUAUGGCCUGAUGUUUUUGCUACUUGAACCUGGCAUUUGGUGAACUCAUUGCCCAUUAACAUUGUGUUCAGCAUCUUAAAAAAAACCAGAAGAGAAGUUGUGUUUUAUAAACUAGGAAACCUUACCAGUGGUCUCCUUUUCAGUUAUUUAUUGUCAUGUGUUAACCAUGGAAUCUGUGACAGGUUUCUCAUUGUGUCUCUCACAGUGUGCUUUGGUUUAUCUUUGGAACUUUAGCAAUUUCAUCACUGUCUUGAUUUGCCUGCAUUCCAGAUCACUGAGAACAGAGUGGGCCAUGGUUUUAUAUAAAGGAUAGACAACGAGUCACUUGCAGGUUAAGGGGCCCCUCAGGUGUGAACCCAAAGCCCUUUGACUACAAAAGGCACCCAUACAUGGCCAAAACCACAGAAUGUUGGUUUCCUUAACCCCCCAAAGACCCCCAAACAUUAGAGAAAAGAAAAAAGAAGGGAAAUCAGACAAAAUUUGGAUUUUUAAUUUCUUUGUUCUAGAAUUUUGAGAAAAAAAUCCCAUAGAAAAAGGAUUGCAUUUCACUUGGGACAGAGACCCCCUUGACAAACCAAACAUUUAUUUUUUGGAACCCAAUCACAGGGAUGAAAUCUAGUUUUUGACUUGUUACAAUUUGAAUUAAUUUGCACAAAAAGUACAUUUUAAUGUAUUUUUAGAAUAAAAAGGAGGAAAUGCUCAAAA